AUGGAUGUUUGUUUUUUGUGCUGCCAACCUUUCAAUAGUGAAUGGCAGCGUAAGAAGAGAAAGAGACUUUAUGAUGGCAGCUGUGCAGAAGCAAGAAGACUGUUGGAAGAUGUCAGCCUGAACUCUUUGGGACUCCCACUAGCUACUUACUGUCAGAGAUAUGAAUCAGAUGAGUCCAUAUUUCUUUGCUGUAAUUGUGAAAAGAAGUUGACAGAUUUGGCCAAGUGUACACAACGCAGCCAUGCUCUGAAGGGAGAGAUUGAACAACUGUUGACUAGUGUAGCAACAACAGUUACAAGUGGAAGUCUAGCCAAAAGACCCCAUCUGGACACAACUGAGACAGGCAGCUGCACACCUGAGCAGCUGAGUCCUGCAGGAGAGAGUGCUGUGACAGGUGCAGCAGGGUCUCCAAUUGUUCAGACGCCUAGUCCUAGAUCCCCAUGUUUACAUUACACCAACAAGUCACCUGCAGUCACAGUAACUGUCCAGUACAGACGUGGUUCAAAGAUAUUCAAACUUAGGACUCCCAGGAGAAGGCGUGCUGUCAAGCAGUGUGUUCGGAAAUCAUUAUCUGCAAUGUCUAGUUUUAUGCUACAGUCUAGAAAGGGAGCUGGUGCUGCAAUGAGCAGCCUUAAGAAUAUGAUCGAACGAGAAGUGAAAGGGCUACGAAAGCUGAACAAAUCGACUAUGUUCCUGGGCGGCAAAGAAUCUCUCACCGACUUUUGCUGGGACAAUGUCUGGUUGGAGUUGCAUAGGUAUGCUCCCACUCUGAUGGACGUUCUGUCAGUUUUGGUGUUAGACCCGACAGACAACAAGCCAAUGGUCUGCUUGGUGGCUGCCAUGGUACUGAAGCAGAGAUACAAACACUUCUCAAUAGUUCAGCGUGCUAUUUCUUUAUUGCUCUAUGGAAAUGGAACUUCGAAGCAGGUUUACAAUUGUUUGCAACCACUGAUGGUAUGUUUGUCAUACCAAAGCACCAUCGAGCUGGUAGAUGUGUUGUCUCAAGAUUGGGAUAAGGAAGUUCGUCUUUGGUCUGAGCACUGGAAAGCAUUAACCCUAGAAUCUCAUCCUCCAAGGGAUGGUGGUUCUAAUCUUCCUUUACUUGACACAGAACCGGCUGCAGGUCAAUUAGAGGUAUCUUCUGAGAGAACUAUAUCCCCUCGAACUUUCAGUCCUCUUGCAACAUUGAGUGACAUCAGUGACUCCAGUCCUUUUGCAAGUCAGGAGUUGUCACCAUCUUGUCACGGAGACAGCAUGGUUUCUGAUGAAGUAAGGUCAGCUGGCCAGACCUGGACUGGUUUCAAGGUAGUAGGCGACAACAUAGAUCGCAACGUGAGACCAGCUUAUCAACGAAUGGAUCAUAGGACCCAGUCCUAUCAUCAUUUCCACUCAGUUGCCAUCAAGGAUCGUGUUGACCUUUCCUCUGCAUCAAACGAGACUCCGCAAAAGAGACCGUUAGACCUUAAAAGUCUACUGUUGACCACCAACGAUGUCAAUAGACUGAAAAGUGAUUUCAAAGUCCUAUUGUCAAGGGUUGUAGUCACAAGAAUGUCUGAGUUUUCUGACCAAGCAGAAGGAGUGAACUGGCAUAUUACAUGCAAGUAUCCAAAUGAAAUGGCUACUAAAUCCACUGUGGUGCCUCUGGGAGUACUGCUGCUAAAUGAGAAUAAACUCCCAGAUAUGUGCAAAAUCUUGGAAAUCCUUCAGCAGUACGUUCCAUCUGUCGCCGUCACAAGAUCGUACCAUGUUGGCCAGGUGAACUUAACACUGGAAGAUCAUGGCUUUUCAAGGUUUUGUUAGGUGGUGACCAAC